AUGGCCGACCUCAAGCCACCUUUUACUAAGGAGACCGCGCUCGCGAAAGUGAAGUUAGCCCAGAAUAUGUGGAAUACCCAAGACCCUCCCAAGAUUGCGCUGGCAUACACACCCAACUGUAUCUGGCGAAACCGCACCUCGUUUUUCUCCGGAACCGAGAGUAUCGUGAAGUUCUUGGAGGCCAAAUGGAAUCGGGAGCGCAACUAUAAGCUGCGCAAGGAGCUGUUUGCUUUCCAAGAUGAUCGUAUUGCCGUGCAAUUCUGGUACGAGUACCAGGAUGUAGAAGAUGGAAUGCGCUGGAAAAGAUGUUACGGGCUGGAAGACUGGACUUUUGAUCGUGAGACUGGCAAGAUGUGCAAACGUAUGAUGAGCGGAAAUGACACCCUCCUUGGGCCGGAUGGAAAUGGCGAGGGGCGCUGGUUCAUGGACGGAGUUGACGUUAACGAGGUCCCAAUUGGUGAUGAGCACUGGUGA